UUGUAAAGAAUACUUGUAAAGAAUCCAAGUACAAGGAGAAGAGGAGAAAUGCUGGCAGCUUGGGUUUCUCUGAAGGAGAAUGUCAACUGUGUAUGCAGGCUCACCGAUGUGGUUGGAAAACCAGAGAAAGCCUGUAGGAACUCAAGAAACCAGAACUUAGAGAAACAACUUGUUCAUCAACUCCGAAACCCCUUUCGAGAAGCACUCUUUAGGCCAAUCUAUCCCAAUACACAGAUUUAUGAGCUCCACAUUGGUGAUCCAUCAAGGAACAUAAUCGAGUUGAUCUUUCAUAGAGCAUCAAUGGAUCCUUCAAAGCCAUCGUGGAAGGUCAAAAAGGUUCUAAAAGUGAAGAAUUCCAUAGAAGUUCUCAAAAGGUUCGAGGAUUACAGAGAAAAAGUCAUAGUAAAAUCCAACCAACGACACAAGAGACAUCCAAGGAGCACCACUGAUGGGAACGAGCUGCUACUUUUCUACGGCACCACGACGGCCUGCUGCAGGAAGCCGAGACCGGUGUCCGAGCUUUGCAGGGAGCCGAGUUGUCGAGCGUGUCGGAUUAUUCAUUGAAGAUUCGACAUGGAAUUCACUAGGAAAAAUGGAGUUAGACUGAGCACUUGCAGUGAAGAAGUGAGUGAUAAUAUGGUAUCUUUCAAGUUGAAGAACUUGAGAAGGGCUGUUAUAGUUUGCAGGGUAAUUGCAGGGAGUAUUGCAAAUACCACAGGUGGGGCGUAUGGAGAUUUUGAUUCCAUUGGGCGUGAAGGGCCUCGGUCUAACUUGGAGUAUUUGAUUGUUCAAAAUCCCUCUGCUAUACUACCCUGUUUUGUCAUAGUUUUUAAUUAAUAUGUUCACGUUUAGCCUAAUCCACCCAAUCGAACCAUUUAUUUUUA